AUGGGGCAGAACCGGACAAGAAAAAGCUGGCCAUGGCCGGAAUCCGACACCAGUUACUGCUACUCCUUCGCCGCCGUCACCGUCUAUUUCCUCUGGUCUCCGCAUUCUCCGGCUGUCUCCUCCUCCUCCUCCUCUUCUCCUUUUCUUUUCCUCCUAGGAACAAUAAAAUUGCCGUGGAAUCCAAGCUUCUUGUACCCGAAAAUGGGGGAAAAUCGGAUCGCCAUUUAUGGAGCUCUAAAUUGUCCAACUCUUAUUAUGGAUGCAGCAAUGCCACUGAGACCUUUCAAGACGAGUCAAACAGAUCGAUAUUUACUGAUCGUUACAAGCGGAGGGUUAAACCAACAGCGAACAGGGAUAAUAGACGCUGUGGUUGCGGCUUACAUCCUAAAUGCCACUCUUGUGAUCCCUAAACUGGACCAAAAUUCAUACUGGAAGGAUACCAGCAAGUUCGAAGAAAUAUUUGACGUUGAUUGGUUCAUUUCGCAUCUCUCCAAAGAUGUCAAGAUCAUCAAGGAGCUUCCUAAAGGAGAAGAGUCAAGACUCAUUGGCCUACAGUCCAUGCGUGUUCCCAGGAAAUGCACACCCUCUUGCUACCUGCAGCGUGUUUUGCCCGUUCUUAAGAAGAAGCAUGUUGUGCAGCUCUCUAAAUUCGAUUACAGGCUGGCUAACCAGCUGGAUACAGAGCUACAGAAGCUGAGGUGUAGAGUAAACUACCAUGCGGUAAGAUAUACGGAGAAUAUCAACAAGAUGGGCCAAAUUCUGGUUGACCGGAUGAGAACCAAAGCCAAACACUUUGUUGCCCUUCAUCUCAGGUUCGAACCUGAUAUGCUGGCCUUCUCUGGAUGCUAUUACGGGGGAGGUCAGAAAGAGAGACUUGAACUCGGAGCUAUGAGAAGAAGGUGGAAAACUUUACACGAGGCAAACCCUGACAAGGUACGGGAGCAUGGAAGAUGUCCCCUGACUCCGGAGGAGAUCGGUCUGAUGCUCAGGGGCUUAGGUUUUGGGAAAGAAGUUCACUUGUAUGUUGCAUCAGGGGAGGUAUACGGAGGGGAUGCUACACUAGCACCAUUGAGAGCUCUGUUUCCAAAUCUCCAUACAAAGGAGACACUGACCUCCAAGAAAGAACUGGCUCCGUUUGCACGCUUCUCUUCACGCAUGGCAGCUCUUGACUUCAUCGUCUGUGAUGAGAGCGACGCAUUUGUCACCAACAACAACGGCAACAUGGCUAGAAUCUUAGCUGGAAGAAGGUAA